ACUUCUGUUGAACUUCGAUUAUAGCAUCAUAACUCAAAUGUUACGUAAGGUUCUUAUAGUGGUACUAUGUUUGUGGCUUGAAUCUGUUAAAGCAAAGCCUAUCUUGACAACAAAUGGUGAAUACGACGAUCAGAUGGAAGAUUUUGAUAUUGGAGAACCACUGACUGAAGAAGAAUUAAAUACCCCUAUUUCCAUAAAAACGAAUGAAAACGAGCCUGAAGAGUUUAUUGAAUGGAAUAGGCAACACCCGGACCUUUUUGGUGGUGAUAUCAUGCUAACGGAUCGCAAAAAUGCUCUCAUGAGUUACAGAGCGCGUUGGCCAAACGCCCAAAUUCCUUACGUUCUUUCGGCAAACUACACACAGAGACAGCGGGAAAUCAUCGCUAGAGCAAUCAGUGCUUACCACAAUAAUACGUGCAUUCGUUUUGUCCCACGAACAACUGAAAGGAAUUAUAUCAGGAUAAAGAAAACAGGAGAUGGUUGUUGGAGUUUUGUAGGCAGGAUCGGCCGGAGACAAACCGUAAGCCUAGACGAUAAAUGCAUCUUAUAUUCUAGACCUGGACUUGUCAUGCAUGAAUUGAUGCACGUACUUGGGUUCUACCACGAACAUCAGCGUCCAGAUCGUGACAAAUACGUGUCAAUCAACUUGGAUAACGUUGAACCCAAGAACAAGGUUUAUUUCCAAAAGAUGAGGACAUCGCACUUCAAUUUCCUUGGACACUCUUAUGACUAUGGUUCUGUGAUGCAUUAUUCAUCGGAUGCGUUUGCCAAAGAUCUCAGAAUUCCAGUCAUAACACCGCUGGAAGAAGGAACGCCUAAUUUAGGAAACCGUAAAGCAUUUAGCGAGCUGGAUCUCGAGAAACUAAACAAACUGUACUGCAAAUCACCUAUUUAAUUUGGCUUAGAGUUGGAGAAAACUUCACUGAUAACAGCUGGGAUGUAUUUUUUACUAUUUCUAUACUCAAACUCAUGAAUUUUGAGUUCUAUCUCAUUUCGUUUUGUAUUAGGUUACAUAACGAUUACACGACAUUUACAGUUA